ACUACAGUCAGGCAGGUGGGAACUUGCUGUCACCUUGUACUUAUAAAUCCUUAAAAUUACUUUAGUCACAGAUACACUAGUUUCCCGGAAUAAUACUUAUAACGACCUCAAGACAAAGGAAGAUGGCCAACAAAGUGUUCCUUUUCACCUUUCUUGUGGUGGUCGUUGCAGUCUCUGGCUACGGGAAGGGAGGGAGAGCACGACUCUGCGACCAAAACUGCCAGGACGUCUCCCCCGUGUGUGGCACUGACGGGAAGCUGUACCAGAGCCCAUGCCACCUGGAGAGAGCUGCCUGCCGGGGCGUGAGGGUCACCCUCCACAACGAAGGCCUCUGCCACCACCCCAAAAUAUGCCCAGCAACAUGCCCCUCGUUAUAUCACCCCGUUUGCGGGACCAACGACAAGACCUACCCCAACAUAUGCUACCUCGAGGACGACCAGAUCUGCAAGGGCGUUAACGUGACCAAGAAAUACGACGGUCGUUGUGGCUGCAACCCCAUCGCGUGCACGAAGAUCUACGCCCCCGUGUGUGGCAGCGACGGCAAGACCUACGAUAACGACUGCUUUUUCGAGGCAACUGCUUGCAAGAUUCCAGGUCUGACGAAGGUUCGAGACGGUAACUGCGACUGCUCGCCCCUCGCCGGCUGCCCCAAGGACCUCCGACCCGUGUGUGGCAGCGACGGAAACACCUACGACAACAUCUGCUUCUUCGAGAUCGCCCGCUGCAACAACCCCGCCCUCAUCAAAGUCUCUGACACUACAUGCGAAUGCAACCACGUCUGCACUGAGGAAUAUUACCCCGUGUGCGGAAGUAACGGUGUCACGUAUUCGAACGUUUGUCUGUUGAAAGCUGCAACUUGUGAAGAUUCCUCCAUCUACAAGGUUUCGGACGGAGUGUGCGGUCGCAAGUAUAUACCUAUAAAGAAGGGGUAUUAAGGAGAACAGCCAGAGUUGUGAAGCAUUUUUUUUGUUGUUGUUGU